AUGGUCGCAACCGUGGAGCUCGUUGAACCAUGUCUACAAGAAGAGUUCAAAGGAGAAAAGUUCGGCGUUACAGAUGGAUGCGAACACUCGCUAGCAGUUUUCGCUGCAACACAAAAAGAUAUCCGUUUCCUCACAUUGUCUUCAUUUGUCGAGGAAAAAAGCAUGACUGCAGACGAACACAUCCGAUUUCUUGAUAUGGUUCUAUAUCAGUACAAGUUGGAAGCAAAUAAUCUCAUUGCAAUCGUGUGUGACAACAUGGAGACCAACAAGGCUAUAUCCAGACGAAUUGACGCACCAAAGAUUGGUUGGGCAGCCCAUCGAUUCAAUCUUGCAGUGAAGGAGGCACUCUUGAAGGAAAAUGGAUGCAAGCUCAAACCAGUACCGAUGCACGAGCUGCGUUGGAGCGGACUGCACCGAAUGAUGAAACGAUACAUGCAAUUUCAUCCGUAUCUGCACCUAUUUGACCGUGAUCGUGAGGUUGACAGAUAUCUCCCGUCAGAUGCAUCUCAGGAUGAUGCUAGGCGUUUUCCUAUCGUUGACUUUCUCCCCACCCCAAGCGAGCAUUGUGAUAUCGUCGAUCUCUUAGAAGACAUGAACAUACUCGAAUUCUCAACACGACGCCUACAAGAAGCAGAUCUCACACUGGUUACUGUUCGUGACAUCUUUGACGAAGUCGCGGUUGAAUUCCCGGAAUUGGAAGGGCGAUUGAAGAUGGACACCCAGAUCGUGGAGUCCUGUGACUUUGAAGCUGGAGUAGUUAAAAUAAUGAAAGGCCAAGAGCACAGCCUAACCAGUCGAGAAAAGAAGUCCGUGUCGCGUCUGCUCUGCCCUCCGCUCGAAUCGGAAGCAGAUGAAUGCCCCGGACGCCACAUAACCAGUGAGACCAACUCAGAGCCUCGACCGAAACGAAGACGAACGACUCAAGAAUUCCAGAAUGCAGUUACCGGACGAGCGGUCGCUAGAGAGAAAUCACGCUCUAAGUACAUGGAUCUUUCUUGGAUACCAGCUACGUCUGUCGAAGUGGAACGGCUCUUCUCAAAGAUGAAAUGCAUGCUGGGUUAUCUUAGGAAGAGUAUGAGCAAAAAGACACUGGAGGUAAUCCUGUUCUUACGUAUGAACUGGGAUCUCGUAACGAAUGAGAUCACAACCAAGGCAGUCCGGAACGCCAGAGAGGAGGACAUCGUAGAUGAAGAAGAGUGCGAUGUAAUAGAAUAG